AUGGGCUCUUGUGGGGAAACGGGUUUGGUCAGGGGUGUGGACCGGACGGUGGAGGCCCUGUGCCUGGAGGUGAGGCCUCUGAAUGGGAACAUGGCUGAGAACAGUUCACCACUGGGGCGCCUGACAAGGCCUGCCACACACAGGAAAACCCACAGUUUGGACUACAGGCACAGGGAACCAGGAUCCUCUCUCGGUGUUUCCAAUCUCCCCCAGAGGGAAAGGGACCCGAAUCCAGGAUACGUGCAGGGCACAGGGGCUCCCCCUGUUCACCCGCUUUCUGGAAUCUACCAGCAGGGAUCCACCUCUUCGUCCCCAGGACUGGCUUCAGGGUUAAUCACCUCCUCCCUUGUUACUCAGGACUCUAGCUCCUCAACGAACCCUCUUGUGUGGAGAGUCUCAGAUCAUACCAGGACUUCCAUAGGGGAACAGAGCCCGGUAAACUCCCAGGCUUCAAGAGCCCGUCUGGUGUCUCUUAGUAGCUCUGAGCUGGGAGAGGAGGAAGAGGAGGAGGAGGAGGAGGGGGUAGAGGUACAGAUACUUAGAACUCCAGCAGCCCCGGUGUCAGCUCCCACGGCAACAGGGGAACGUAGACUCAGCAAGAGGGAGAAGAACCGGCUAAAGAGCCUGAGAAGAAGACAGAGGCGGAGAGAGCGCUGGAGACAGAACCAGCUGCAGGAGAACAUACAGAGCUCCACUGCAAACCCUUCCAGCAGUAGUGAUGAAGAGGAGAUCCACACCAGGGACAGAGAGGGUUAUAUAUGUGCCGUGUGUCUGGACGUUUACUUCAGUCCCUACAUGUGUCACCCCUGUAACCACAUCUUUUGUGAACCAUGCCUGCGAACAUUGGCCAAAAACUGCCCGACAAACACCCCCUGUCCGCUGUGCAGGACUGUCAUUACCCACGUCUUCUUCCAGAAAGAACUAAACCACACGGCUCGAACGUUCUUCCCAAAGGAAUACCUCUCUCGGAAGCAGACUUUCCAGAAGGCAAGCUGCGCUAAGUGGCCACUUCCAAGCUGCAGGAAACUAUUCCGAAUUUUUGGAGGCUUUCAAAGACAGGCAAGUCCAACAGCCAGGCGUCAGUACCCACACGGCGGCUACAGACUUGACGCCUUGGACUUUGAGGAUGAUUCACAUGGCUGGCGAUUUGACAUGGACAUGGUGAUCAUCUAUAUAUACUCUGUCAACUGGGUCAUCGGAUUCAUUCUUUUUUGCUGCCUGUGCUAUUUCUUCUUUCCUGCUUUUUAA